AGAGUAGCCUGUACUUUCACUGCUGCAGAUAUGGUAGCAGCAAUGCCUAUUGACUUUGUCCAUAGUUUAGGGAAAAGUUUGUGUACAAGGUCACUUCAACCUUAAAUGCUAAAGAUACUUCCCCAAGGGAUUAGUUAGUUUGAACGAUGGAUCGUGUUGAGAUUACAACUCCACGGAAAAAAGCUAGAGCAAGACGAGUAUUGAUUUUGAAAGAAAAUCGUUCUAAACGUCCGAGAUAUAGUACUCACCCACCAAGUGUUAUUGACACGGACCAUAAUUCUCCAACACCAAUGAUGCUAAGACAACCUUUCUCCGACUUGACUCCGUCAUUUCAAAACACGAAUUUAAAUUCACAACCUCCCGCCGAUGGUUCAAAACCUAGCCUAUCAAGACAUGCUUUUAAAAGAAAUAGAAAGUGCAGCCAGAUAGACUCAUUAGGAAGAAACUUAUUGUCAAAGUUUUCUUCAAAUUCUACAGUCUACUCAAAUGAAGGAAUUACUCAAUCAACCUCUGGAAUUAUACAAGAGCGAUCGCCGAUUAAUCAUAACAUCAUCAGUGAAGUUGGAAGUCCUUCUAAUACACCAACAUCAUUGGCAAUUAAUAAACCUGGUAGGGGCAGGCCUAAAACAAAUUUUGGAGUUCCCAAUCUAGCUUUGAACUUGACCAGAAAAUAUUCGAGCGUUACCGAAAAAAGUGGAAUUCCCUCUGCUAAAGUGACACCGGAAUCAAGCUCACAAAAAAGGGUGCAAAUUGACACUAAUCAGCACUGUAAUUCUGGAGUGAACUCCACAAUAACAAAUAGAGCAGGCCUGGAUACACAAAUUGAACCAUCUUCUCAUGCAACACAGUCGUGCACUACAAACUGUCAGUCUUCCGUCGUAACUUAUGAGCAGCCAACAGUAAAAAAACCAGUUAGGGGCCGGCCUCGAAAACAAUUAGGAGUUCCAAACCUGGCGUUCAACUUGAGCAGACAGUUUCCAGUCCAGAUUAAUGAACAUCAAACAGGGCCUUCUAAAGGCACACCCGAUUCAACCUCGCAAAGCAGGAGACAAGAGACUCCUUCUUCCCAUAAUAUGGAUGUCCCUCAAUCAAAUUCCCAACCUGGCAGUGGUGUGCCUACACCAUUCUCUCAGUCCAACCAUAAGCCCAACCAUCGACCUGAGCCUUCAUGUCCAAUUUUCACACCUACUGUCAAUUUGGAUUUUAACAGUGGCUCGGAAGAUGAUAGCGAAGACUACGACCCUUUCGCAACAUAUUAUUCCGAAGAUGAAAUAUGUUCCGAGAAUGAAGAUAUAACAGCACCUUUUACAAUUAAUGACAAUCCCGGCGAAACUUCUGAAGAUUAUUACGACAUUGGUGACCCUCUAAUUGAAUGCCGGUAUUGUAAAGCAAUGAUGUGGUAUCAGGAGAGGAUGCACAAAAGUUCUCAUGCAGCUAAUCCAAAGUUUAUGCUCUGUUGUGGAAAUGGGAAGGUUGAACUCCCAUUGCUAGAAGAACCUCCUGAAAUACUUGCCAAGCUUUUAUUUGAUCACGAUAACUUAGACAGCAGGAAGUUCCAACAACAAAUUCGAGUUUACAAUAUGAUGUUUGCCUUCACAUCACCCGGAGCCAAGUUGGACAACCGUUUUAACAAUGGACGUGGGCCUCCAACACUUAGGGUACAAGGUAAAACAUGUCAUCGAAUUGGGAGUUUGUUACCUCCUGAAGGUCAGAUGCCUAAGUUUGCUCAAUUAUAUAUUUACGACACCGAGAAUGAGGUCCACAAUAGAAUGCACAGACUAAGGAACAAAGAAAACUUUGAUGAAGCCAUUGUACAACAGUUGUCUGAAAUGCUGUAUCAGUGCAAUCCUCAUGCUAAGAGUUUUCAAAUGGCAAGGCAAUGGUUAAAUAACGGGGAUACUCAAAACUUGAAGUUGAGACUAAUUUCGGAAAGACCCAGAGAUGGCAGAGUAUACAAUCAACCAACCGUUUCUGAAGUUGCUGCCUUGGUAGUCGGUGAUAUUGACACGGCUGAGAUGAGGGAUAUUAUUAUGCAUACAAAAGGCGGUAGACUUAAGAGAAUCAAUGAGCUUCACGCCAGUUACAUGGCUUUUCAGUAUCCUUUGAUAUUUCCGUAUGGUGAGGACGGUUAUAGGCCAGAUGUGGCUCAUAGAGACUUGCCGAUAUACGAAAACAGCGUAAGAAACAGGCUUACAAUUAGAGAAUGGCUUGCUUUUCGCAUUCAGAACAGGCUAAAUGAAGCGAAGACUCUGUUAUCUUCACGAAGGUUAUUCCAGGAAUUUCUAUGUGAUGGUUACACAAUGUUAGAAUCAGAGAAGUUAGAAUGGCUUCGAAAAAAUCAACCAAAGCUUAGGGUCUGCAAGUACAGUUCUCUAAAUGAAGAAGGCGACCAGAGUCAAACCACGGGGUCAAACAUAGGUAAAAGAGUUGUUUUGCCAUCUUCGUUUGUGGGCGGUCGUAGAUUUAUGGAUCAAUUGUACUACGAUGGGAUGGCUAUUUGUAGUAAAGUUGGGUUUCCUGAUUUGUUCAUUACAUUUACCUGCAAUCCUAACUGGCCCGAGAUUCAAAGAGUACUAGGUCCACUUCAUUUGAAAGCACAAGAUCGACCGGACAUCAUUUCAAGAAUAUUCAAAAUCAAGUUUGAUCAAUUGCUUUCCGAUUUAACCAAGAAAGGUGUACUAGGGAAAGUUCUUGCUUAUAUGUACACCAUUGAAUUUCAAAAGAGAGGAUUGCCACAUGCCCAUAUAUUGAUCUUUCUGCAUCCUUCUAACAAAUAUCCAAGACCCGAAGACAUUGACAAGAUCAUCAGUGCGGAAGUGCCCGAUCCUGUGACACACCCACGGUUGUACAAUCUGGUAAAAAGCCAUAUGGUCCAUGGUCCUUGUGGCUUGGUAAAUAAGGACUCACCUUGCAUGAAGGACAACAAAUGCUCCAAGUUUUACCCCAAGAAAUUUCAACCGGCGACAAUAGUGGACCAAGAUGGUUAUCCUGUUUAUAGAAGAAGAAAUAACGGACACACAAUAGAGAAAAAUGGUGUAAUCUUUCAUAGUGGUCAUGUUGUUCCUCACAACCCAAGUUUGUUGUUGAAGUACGAAGCCCACAUCAACAUGGAAUGGUGCAAUCAAAGUACUUCCAUCAAAUACCUUUUCAAAUACAUAAACAAAGGUUCUGAUCGAAUUUCUGCUGUCAUACAAGGUGAAGACAAAGACAACGUUGAUGAGAUCAAGCAAUAUUUGGAUUGUCGUUACAUCUCUCCAAGUGAGGCGUGUUGGAGGAUAUUUUCUUAUUCUAUACACGGCAGAAAGCCAGCCGUAGAGAGAUUGUAUUUCCACAUGGAAGGUGAAAACUCCGUAUUCUACAAAGACUACGAACAAGUUGGUGAUGUUUUACUCAAACCAAGUGUAACCGAGUCAAUGUUUACUUCUUGGUUUGAGGCCAACAAAACUUACGAAGAUGCUAGAUUACUAACUUAUGGUGAUUUUGUUUCUAAGUUUGUUUAUCAUAAACGAAGUCGGAGUUGGAAACCAAGGAAGCGAGGGUACACAAUUGGUCGACUUAUUUGGGUCCCUCAAAGCACAGGUGAAUUGUUUUAUUUAAGGAUGAUGCUCACGGUAAAAAAAGGCCCUUUGUGUUAUGCAGACAUCAAGACUGUGGAUGGUAAAAAACAUAAAACUUUUAGAGGAGCGUGCUUUGCUAUGGGAUUCCUACAAGAUGAUAGAGAAUUUGUUGAGGCAAUAAAAGAGGCACAUGUUUGGGGUUCCGGACUCUUUUUACGGAAAUUAUUUGUUACAAUGUUGUUAUCGUCAUCCAUGAACAGACCAGAACAUGUUUGGAGGAAGACUUGGAUGUAUUUAUCUGAUGGAAUUCUUUACGAACAACGAUCAUUGGCCGGAGAUCAAGCAUGGCGGCUGCACGAUUUCAACAACAGUGCUGAAUCACCAUACAGUAGUCUGCGAGUUUUAGUAUAUCUUGAGAAAUUUACAUGA